CGAGGGGGUUGACCGCCGGUAUGCCUGGUAGUCGACGCGAGCGUGAAAACACCAGGCAAUAAAAUUUUUUGGUGCAUUGCCUCCGCGCCUGACGCUUCGCGUUGAAAGUUUUCAUUAAACCAUGUAUCGCCUCCUCGUCCUCGUCGUCGCCAUCGUCGGAGCCGCGAGCGAAGAGAUUUUUGAGGCGGUCCGCGCGGUCGCUCGAGGCGAUUCCGUCCUCGGCCUGCUGAACCAACAGAAGCAGCAUUACGACGCCGCCAUGGUCCUCUUGGCGAUCUCCGAGGCCGUGCGCCUCGGCGCGCUCGACGAAGCCGACGCGCGCGACGUCCUGGACGCGACGCGGUACGAGCGCGAGGCGUUCGCGGCGGGGCACGACGACGACAAUAUGAAAAUCUCGUUCGUGCGCGGCGACUACGACGGCCUCGCGGACGACGAGACGCGGGGCUCGCUCACGGGCAAGUCCGUCGGCGACCACCUGUCCAUCACCGCGGGAUUGCUCACCCCCUUGGUCUGGAACGACGCCGCGCUGUCCAUCGAUCGGGCCAAGAGCGUCGUCUUCGACCUGCAGUUCGUCGACGACGCGACGCUCGGCGGAAGCGACGACCUCAGCUUCCUCACCUCGACUCCAAACGGCCUGUCGUUCUACCGCCAGGUGACAAAGUACCGCACGCAGCGGAACUCGGGCGGAAGCACGGAGAGCGACGGCUGGAACCAUCCGGAUCGGUUCCGCGACGCGCACAAGGUGUGCUGGGAGGACGACGUCGCCAUGGGCACCCUGACCGCCGCGAUGCUCGUGGAGUACCAUCUGGAAACGCUCGACGACGCCGAGCGCGGCCGCUUGGGCGACGUCCUCGCCGGGCUCGCGCGCGGCUACGACGACGUCUUCGGCGAUCUCCGCCACGCGUACGACGCGACGCUCGGCGAGGCGUCGCCGAUGCGGUGGACGCGGAGCCUCGGCUGGGGCGUCUACGGCCUCGCGCUCAUGCGGCGCACGCUCGCGGCGCUCGGCCGCGACGACGACGCGGCCGCGGCCGCGGGCGUCGUCGCGCACCACCUCGAGACCAUCGUCGGAUGGCAGGGAGCGGAAGGUCUCUGGUGGCAGAACCCGAACGGCGACGUCGACGGCCUCUCGGGCGCGCCGUCGGACGACGGCGACGUGAACUUCGUCGAGACGUCGGGCUCGGCGCUCAUCCUCGCGGCUAUGGGCGAGCUCGCGGCGGUCGGCGCGCUGCCGGCGACCGCGGCCGGCGCCUUCGACGACGGCAUCCGCGGGCUCCUCGCGUACGUCGACGGCGACGGCGACAUCCCCAACUGCGGCAAGGGCACGAGCAUCGGCGCGGAGGCGUCCUACUACUACUCCCGCGGCGUCGACGACCCCGACGGCUGCAGCAAGGCGGGCCUGGUGCUCUUGGCGCUCGCGCACGCGGCCGCCCGGCCGACGUCCGCGCCGACGCCGCGCCCGACGCCGCGCCCGACGCCGCGCCCGACGACGUCCGCGCCGAGCGCCGCGCCGACGACGCCCGCGCCGAGCCCCGCGCCGACGACGCGCCCGACGCCGCGCCCGACGACAAUCUCGCCGAGCGCCGCGCCGACGGCCGAGGAGUCCGACGGAGGCUCCGCGCUCGUCGCGACGGCCGCCGUCGCCGCCGCGGCGAUGAUGGUCUCCCUAGUUACCUACUAGAGAAGUAGGCCACGUCCCUUACACAUUUGACGCCGCG